CAAUAAACUAUUCCUAUGAGUGUAGGAGGUGCUAACCUCAUUUUUCUUUUUGUCUUCCUCCUUUUUCAGCCUGAAGAUAGUAUCGACAUCAGCGGCUUCUCCGAUUACAAAGAACACUGUUACCGCAUGAUGCUCCAGCGUGAGUGCAUUUCCGUUCAUGUUGGCCAAGCUGGAGCACAGAUUGGUAAUGCAUGCUGGGAGCUUUACUGUCUGGAGCACGGUAUUCAGCCGGAUGGACAGAUGCCCAGUGAUAAGACAAUAGGAGGAGGAGAUGAUUCCUUCAACACCUUCUUCAGCGAGACGGCUUCAGGAAAACAUGUUCCACGUGCCAUCUUUGUUGAUCUGGAACCCACUGUGAUUGAUGAAGUACGCACGGGCACCUACCGCCAACUCUUUCACCCAGAACAACUCAUCACUGGAAAAGAGGACGCUGCCAAUAACUAUGCCAGGGGACACUACACCAUUGGCAAGGAGAUCAUUGAUUCAGUCCUGGAUCGUAUCCGCAAACUGGCUGAUCAGUGCACUGGCCUCCAGGGUUUCCUGGUGUUCCACAGCUUUGGUGGAGGUACUGGCUCUGGCUUCACCUCCCUGCUGAUGGAGCGUCUCUCCGUCGACUAUGGCAAGAAGUCCAAACUGGAGUUUGCCAUCUAUCCUGCUCCUCAAGUGUCCACGGCGGUGGUGGAGCCCUACAACUCCAUCCUGACCACCCACACCACCCUGGAGCACUCUGACUGUGCCUUCAUGGUGGACAACGAAGCCAUCUACGACAUCUGCCGAAAAAACCUGGACAUCGAGCGUCCCACUUACACCAAUCUCAACAGGCUCAUUGGGCAGAUCGUGUCUUCCAUCACGGCCUCGCUGAGAUUCGACGGAGCUCUGAAUGUGGAUCUCACAGAGUUCCAGACCAACUUGGUGCCCUACCCACGUAUUCAUUUCCCUCUGGCUACAUACGCUCCUGUGAUCUCUUCUGAAAAGGCAUAUCACGAGCAGCUCUCUGUGGCUGACAUUACCAACGCCUGCUUUGAGCCGGCUAAUCAGAUGGUGAAGUGUGAUCCUCGCCAUGGUAAAUACAUGGCCUGCUGUCUGCUGUAUCGUGGAGAUGUGGUGCCCAAAGACGUCAACUCCGCCAUCGCUGCCAUUAAAACCAAACGCACCAUCCAGUUUGUAGAGUGGUGCCCGACUGGAUUCAAAGUAGGUAUCAACUAUCAGCCACCAACUGUGGUUCCUGGUGGAGAUCUGGCCAAAGUUCAGAGAGCCGUGUGCAUGCUGAGCAACACUACAGCCAUUGCUGAGGCCUGGGCUCGUCUAGACCACAAGUUUGACCUGAUGUACGCCAAGAGAGCCUUUGUGCACUGGUAUGUGGGUGAAGGAAUGGAGGAGGGAGAGUUCUCAGAGGCCAGAGAAGACAUGGCAGCUCUGGAGAAGGAUUAUGAAGAAGUCGGCACUGACAGCAUCGGAGAUGAUGAGGACGGAGUGGAAUUUUAAAUGCAGUUUGUUUGUAAUCUCAGGGUAAUCUGAUAUUAAUUUCAUCUUCUAAAAUGCAGCAUUUUAGUGUUUUGGGGGGCUAUACAUUCUAUAGUAUCACUUCAUAAAGAGUACAAGUUACCACAAUAGCUAACGCAAAAUAUUAACAGAGAAUACUUUUACAGCAUGUAUUAAUCUUUGGUCAUUUUAUAUAUUUAAAAAUGUUAACACGAAUUGAAUUGUUAACACGUAUAUGAUCAAUAAUAACAAUACUUUAAUUCACCAAGAUUAAUAAAUGAUGUAAAAAAUUGCAUUGCUAGUUCAUAUUACUUAAUGUUAAUGCAUUACCGAAAUGUACCUAAUUCUUUUUCUGCUUUAUGUCCUAUGCAAAAGUUCUAUCUAUUAAAAAAGUAAAUGUAGAACAAAAAGUGAAACAAUUAAAUGUCUGGUGACAAGCUCUUUCUAAAAA